AAACAACAAAUUUCGAAUCAUCGAUGAAGAUCACGUUUGCUUCUUAUUGCCUUUGGAUCAUGACGGCUUCUUCCUCCGCAAACUUUCAAAUUGGUUCCCAGUACACAUCCAUGUCUCGUGUCGAGAUGGAGGCCUUUCAGGAUGUGGCUCUUUGGUGCGACUCGGACGUGCACGAGCUCUGCGAUGCUCGUCAGUCGGUGCCUUCGUUAGCCGAUAUGCUCCUGCCCGCGGAUCCCUUGAAGGAUUUUGGGCUUUUCAUGGAUAGUUUGAUGGACUCGGUACUCGUCAUGCCUCCUCAGCCCUCGGGUUCUUGGGUCGUGGUGAUGCACGAAGUGGAGCCCGAAGACAACGCCGCGCAAACGGUGAUUUCGCAACUCGCCGCUUCCACUCACCCCGACGAUGUCGAGGCUGUCACACAGCAAAUGGUCCAGCACGGACAAGCCGUCAUGGAAGACCAGACCGCGACGGCGGAAAAACGUCGCAUGGCACGUCGUUUGACCGAAGUAGCUCCCGAACAUCUCCACCAACACCGUUUGGCUCUACUCCCCUUUGGAUCCCCGCAACGCAACCGAUGCCUGCAAACGGCCUUUGAACAUGCCGCGGUUACGCACAAUUGCGGUGUGGCUCUGGAAAACUUGCAGUCGGCGCGGGUCGCUCAGUACACGGCUCGUGUGCAACGCAGCCAGUACGAUAUGAGUCUCGUGACCAAUUUUUCGGUCAUGUACGCCUUUGUUAUUUUCACCGUGAUUGUAGCCUUCCUGCGCAAGCGUAAAGAACGCAAGGAACACCGUCGCCUCAAGAUUAAUAUCCUCAAAGCCAUUUACAGCACCCCGGCUCUCAAAAACUUGGUGGAAGAAAGGAUUGGUGAAGAAAUUGGCAGCGUUCCGCCUUUGCCUUGGUUUUCGCUCAUGAAGUUUGGCCGCCACGCCGCAACUUUUCGUCGCCUCCUACACGUGAUGUUCCUACUGCGUAUCUCCACAUUGAUGCUCCUCAUGACUGCACUCUGGACGGCACCCCAGUAUGUUCUGCCACUCUGCGUCUGCCUUUCCGUGAUCUUGUUUGGGGUCGUCGCCUUUGCCCCCAAACCCGUCCACGUCUGUGCCUGUUGCUGCUGCAGCGCCACCACGGAUGACGCCAAGAACGGAUCGCUCACCGCCGAACAGGCUUGCUGUGGAUGCUGCCAAGGAACCGGAGUUUGUGCCCCGUCCUGUGCGUCGUGCUGUGGGGCCAAUGGAGACGCGGGCUGCAACUGCGACGGCGACAAUGAGGAUUGCUGCUGUGACGACGACAAGAAAACGGCAAGCAAGGAAUGGAAGUUGGCUGGUGAUUGUGAAUGUUGUUGCUGCUGUAACGCAACCCUUGAGGAUCGCAAGAACGGCACCUUGACGGUUGAACAGGCUUGCUGCGGAUGUUGCCAAGGUUCCGGCGUUUGCAGCGCUGCUGGCUGCGGACGUACUGGAGAUACGACGCCCCAGAAGGCCAUUUACGAAGCAAUCCCUAUCCAGAUUGUUUAGAGGGCUAGACAAUGCCGUUUACAUAUUAACACGUAGUUUACUAAUGAAUUUUCAUCGACAGU